CAAUGCUUGGAUGGACCACGUCAGCAUUGCGGUAGCAAAGGAGUAGCACUUUCAGUUCAGAGUCAUCCGAAACCGAAGUAUUGAACCCAAAAAUAUCAGAGAAGAUGCAACAAAAUCACCAUUGAAUCAUUCUAUGGACUGAUCAACUUGACCAUUCACGAAGCCGAGAGACUAGAGACUGAAUUUGUGCUUUGUCCAAUCCUUUUUGCUUAUCAACAUUCAAGCGCGAGGCUAUGGUGUCUCUGGUUGCCCAACUUGUUUUCCCCUCGGGUUAUGGCCAAAAAGUCUGGGAAGAUCCCUCCUUCAUUAAGUGGAGAAAAAGAGAUGCUCAUGUUUCACUUCACUGCCAUGAUACAGUUGAAGGAUCUCUUAGAUACUGGUAUGAAAGAAACAAUGUGGAUUUUCUAGUAUCUAAGUCAGCUACUUGGAAUGAUGAUGCUGUUCCUGGAGCUCUUGAUAGUGCUGCUUGGUGGGUCAAGGGCUUGCCUUUUGUUAAAUCAUUGUCAGACUAUUGGAAAUUUUUCUUGGCCCCAAGUCCAACAAGUAUUCCUAAGAACUUUUAUGAUAGUGAAUUUGAAGAUUCUACAUGGGAAUCUUUGCCAGUCCCUUCCAACUGGCAGAUGCAUGGUUUUGAUCGACCGAUUUACACAAAUGUUGUAUAUCCUUUCCCACUUGAUCCUCCAUAUGUUCCUGCAGACAACCCUACUGGAUGCUACAGGACAUGCUUCCACAUCCCUAAAGAAUGGGAGGGUCGUCGGAUCUUGUUGCACUUUGAAGCUGUUGAUUCUGCCUUUCAUGUUUGGAUAAAUGGGAUCCUUGUUGGAUAUAGUCAGGAUAGUAGGCUCCCUGCAGAGUUUGAAGUCACUGAUUUCUGCCAUCCAUGUGGCUCUGACAAGAAAAAUGUACUAGCUGUUCAAGUUGUUAGGUGGAGUGAUGGUUCUUAUCUUGAAGAUCAAGACCAUUGGUGGUUAUCUGGUAUUCAUCGUGAUGUGCUUCUUCUAGCUAAGCCACAGGUGUUCAUCACAGAUUAUUUUUUCAAAUCAAGUUUAGUGGAAGAUUUCUCUUGUGCAGAUAUUCAGGUUGAAGUUAAGAUUGAUAACUCAAGAUCACCUAAAGAAAGUGUGCUUGAAAAGUUCACUAUAGAAGCUACACUUUAUGACAAUGGGAGGUGGUAUGAGUGUGAUAGGAAUGCCAACCUACUCUCAUUUGAAGUGGCUCGCUUGGAACUGAAUACAACCCUUAAUGCAAGUCCUGGUUUUCAUGCAUAUGUACUCAGUGGAAAACUGGAGAUGCCUAAGCUUUGGUCUGCAGAAAAACCAAACUUGUACACUCUUGUCAUCAUCCUCAAAGAUGCAUCUGGUCAUCUGGUUGACUGUGAAUCUUGCCAAGUAGGCAUACGGCAAAUAUCACAAGCCCCAAAAUAUCUACUUGUUAAUGGGCACCCUAUAGUAAUAUGUGGUGUCAACAGACAUGAACAUCAUCCACGUCUAGGGAAGACCAACAUGGAGUCCUGCAUGGUUAAGGAUUUGAUCUUGAUGAAGCAGAACAAUAUAAAUGCUGUGAGAAACAGUCACUAUCCCCAACACCCACGAUGGUAUGAGUUAUGUGAUUUGUUUGGUGUCUACAUGAUAGAUGAAGCCAAUAUUGAGACACAUGGUUUUGAUCUCUCUGGACAUUUAAAGCAUCCUACUUCAGAACCAAGUUGGGCUUCUUCUAUGCUGGAUCGUGUGAUUGGCAUGGUAGAGAGGGACAAAAAUCAUGCAUGCAUCAUAUCAUGGUCCUUGGGAAAUGAAUCUGGAUAUGGACCUAAUCAUUCUGCAUUAGCUGGUUGGAUUCGUACAAAGGAUCCCUUAAGGGUAAUACAUUAUGAAGGAGGUGGAUCCAGAACCUCAUCAACAGAUAUUGUAUGCCCCAUGUAUAUGCGUGUUUGGGACAUAGUUAAAAUUGCAAAUGAUCCAAAUGAAACUCGUCCACUAAUUUUGUGCGAGUAUUCUCAUGCAAUGGGAAAUAGCAAUGGAAAUAUUCAUGAAUAUUGGGAAGCAAUUGAUAGCACAAUUGGUCUUCAAGGAGGAUUUAUCUGGGAUUGGGUGGAUCAAGGACUGCUGAAGGAUGGUGCAAAUGGUAGUAAGCACUGGGCAUAUGGAGGUGACUUUGGGGAUACUCCUAAUGAUCUAAACUUCUGCUUGAAUGGUCUUACAUGGCCAGAUCGAACUCCUCACCCUGCAUUAAAUGAGGUCAAAUAUGUAUAUCAACCAAUAAAGGUUUCAUUCAGGGAAGGAGUAAUUAAGGUGGCAAAUAAAUACUUUUUUGAAACAACAGAAGCACUAGAAUUUAUCUGGGUCGUUCAUGGGGAUGGAUGUAGCCUUGGAUCAGGGGUACUCUUUCUCCCACCAAUAGAACCCCAGAAUGCUUAUGACAUAGAAUGGGAAUCAGCUCCAUGGUAUUCUGUAUGGGCAUCUUCUUCUGCAGCAGAAAUUUUCUUGACAAUAACCACAAAACUUUUGAAUUCCACACGCUGGGUUGAGGCAGGUCAUAUUCUUGCCUCCACACAAGUCAAACUACCUGCCAAAAGAGAAUGUAUUCCUCAUGUUAUUAAAACCACAGCUACUACUUUACUUGUGGAAAAUCUUGGUGGUAUUAUCAAAAUCACAAGAGAGCAUUUUUGGGAGAUAAAAAUGAAUGCUCAAAAAGGAAUAAUUGAGAGCUGGAAGGUUGGAGGAGUUUCAAUCAUGAAUAGCGGUAUCAUCCCAUGCUUAUGGCGAGCACCUACAGACAAUGAUAGAGGAGGUGGCCCAAAUAGCUAUGCCUCCAAGUGGAAAGAUGCAGGCCUUGAUAACUUGGUCUUUCAUACUGAAAGCUGCUGCAUAAAGAAUAUGACUGAUGUCAUGGUGCAAAUUAAUGUUGUUUAUCUUGGUGUCCAGAAGGAUGAGCAAAAUACCCUUUUAGAAGCCAGAACAUCCAAUGUUAUGUCGAAGGUUGAUGUGAAUUAUAAGAUCUAUGGAUCUGGAGAUGUGAUUAUGGAAUGCAAUGUACAACUAAGCACUGAUCUUCCACCUUUGCCACGUGUCGGUGUUGAAUUCCAAGUAGACAAAUCACUGGAUCAGAUCACAUGGUAUGGAAGAGGGCCAUUUGAAUGUUAUCCAGAUAGAAAAGAAGCUGCCCAUGUAGGAAUAUAUCAACAGAAUGUGAAUGACAUGCAUGUGCCAUACAUUGUUCCCGGGGAAUGUUCUGGUAGAGCAGACGUCAGAUGGGUAGUAUUACAAAACAAAGAUGGUCAUGGAAUUUUUGCUUCCAUGUAUGGAAGCUCUCCACCUAUGCAAAUAAGUGCAAGUUACUACAGCACUGCAGAGCUUGACAGGGCAACACACAAUGAAGAACUAGUAAAGGGAAAUGACAUUGAGGUACAUCUUGACCACAAGCACAUGGGUUUGGGUGGGGAUGAUAGUUGGUCACCAUGCGUCCAUGACAAGUAUCUAAUUCCUCCAGUGCCCUACUCCUUUACACUGCGCCUGUGCCCGGUUGAUGCAGCUACCUCUUGUCAUGACAUAUACAGAUCCCAGCUUCCAAACUAGGGGUUUCAACAUUCAUCGUUCAUGACAUCUAUGAGAUACCUGGCUAUCUGAUGCUUUUGAAUGGCAAAAAUAAAUCAGUCUUGUCAUUUUGUGAACAAGCGUUCUUCCUUGAGCAGCUUGUAUUAGGGAAGUUGAGAGCAAACUUGACGUAAAUAUCAAUGAAUAGAGUUACUUUGGCUGCAU